CACAGGCAGGGUGGCGGGGGCGAGGAACCUGGGUGGAGCCUGGCGUCCCCUCCAGCGUGCGGCCGCGCCCGUCCUCCGGGCUGCAGCGAAGCGACUGACCACCGCAUCGGCCACCGUGAGCUCAACCCGGGGUGCGUCUGCCACGGUGCAAUCGGCCGGCCGCACUGCGAUCGGGUACCGGGUCUCCAGCUUCCUCUCCAGCGCCGAGGCGUCGGGCUCGCGCGUGCGCAGCGCGGGAGGGGAGCCGGCCGGGACCCUCUGCUGACCCCGCGCAGGGCGACCCGGCGGCGAAGAGGCAAACCAGGAUGAGCUUCCCGGAGCUGCGGCCUCACUGAAGAGGAAGCCCUGGGGCAGGAGGGUGCAGCCGCCUUCGGUACGUGAGGCCAUGGCGUUCCUGGCCGGGCCGCGCCUGCUGGACUGGGCCAGCUCGCCACCGCACCUGCAGUUCAAUAAGUUCGUGUUGACCGGUUACCGGCCGGCCAGCAGCGGCUCCGGCUGCCUGCGCAGUCUCUUCUACCUGCACAACGAGCUGGGCAAUAUCUACACGCACGGGCUGGCCCUGCUGGGCUUCCUGGUGCUGGUGCCAAUGACCAUGCCCUGGGCUCAGUUGGGCAAGGAUGGAUGGCUGGGAGGUACACAUUGUGUGGCCUGUCUGGUCCCCCCUGCUGCCUCUGUGCUGUAUCACCUCUUCAUGUGCCACCAAGGGGGCAGCCCUGUGUAUACCCGGCUCCUUGCCCUGGAUAUGUGUGGAGUCUGCCUUGUCAACACCCUUGGAGCCCUGCCCAUCAUCCACUGCACUCUGGCUUGUAGGCCCUGGCUGCGACCAGCUGCCCUGGUAGGCUACACUGCACUGUCAGGUGUGGCCGGCUGGAGAGCCCUCACUGCUCCCUCCACCAGUGCCCGGCUUCGGGCCUUUGGUUGGCAAGCUGGGGCCCGCCUGCUGGUGUUUGGGGCCCGUGGAAUGGGGCUGGGCUCAGGGGCUCCAGGCUCCUUGCCCUGUUACCUGCGCAUGGAUGCGUUGGCACUGCUUGGGGGGCUGGUGAAUGUGGCCCGUCUACCAGAGCGCUGGGGGCCUGGCCGCUUUGACUACUGGGGCAACUCCCACCAGAUCAUGCACCUGCUCAGCGUGGGCUCCAUCCUGCAGCUACAUGCCGGUGUUGUACCUGACCUGCUCUGGGCUGCCCACCAUGCCUGUCCCCCAGACUGAGCUGCUUCCUGUCUGCCAAACCAGUCUGCCCACCACUUCCUGGGACCAAUACCACUACCUUCCCUUCUUCUGCUGGUCUACAAGGGGCUGGUUCCCUGGAAGAGCCAGAACAUGGGACUUCCCAGCCAGGAGCACUCCUCUCUUCAUUUUUUCUUUGGAUUAACCUCUUGUAUCCAGGCCUUCAAAUCCAACUACCCGUCCCUGCCAUCUUUCCUCCACGGUACUUCCACUGUCAGCUAGAAGGAAACCAUCCUUCUUUAGGCCUCAGUUUAUCCGAUGUGACCUGUGAGGGUUGGGCCAGAGAACCUCUGGUGUGAUGUCUGAAAGUUGAGUCCAACUUUCCAAGUUUGGUCAACUUACCAAGUUUGCCAGCCCAGAAUCAUCACCCCCAUCUUGCUGCUCUCACAAGGCACCUCCUGGGUUCUUGGACUAGCCUCUCUGCCCCUGCUUCCUGACCUCCAUCUUUCUGCUCUGCAUGCCAGCCCUCUCAGCAGCCAGAAUUUUAACCUUCCUACCUAAGAGACCAGUCAGGGUACAGGGCAGCAGGCUCAGGCCCUUCUCUCAGGACCAAGUGGGCACUGGCCCUGCUUAUAUCAUCUGGCUAAGAGACUUGAGGGGAGCAAUUGCUUUUCCCAAGCAGCAGGCAGGCACAGAUGUGGAAUGGUGGCUCUGGACCCAGGCCCCCCUAGGCUAAAGGGCAUACCUUCAGUGCCAUGGUCUGACAGUCUGACUUGCCCACCAGAGACAUGUCUGCUCAGGAAAUAUCUACACAGUGUGUGGCUCCAGCCUGCUGACCCCAAGGCUACUCUGUAGCAGGGUCCUACAUUAUAGCCAGAUCGUCCCAGGAGCCUAAGACCCUGGAUGAUAUCAAUAAAUGGACAAGAAGCAUUAUGUUCCCACAUGAGCAA